ACCAAUUAGUUAUCCUCUAAAUAGCCCUUUUUUAAUUCUUCUUUCCCACAAAAGUUUAAAGGUGUACCAAAAAGCUACCUAUAUUUUCCAUGUAACUCUCUUUAAAUAACAUGGCCUAAGCCUGUGAAAGUGGAGAAGAAAAAAAAACCAAGAAAAUGCCACAAUACUGUGUAACAGGGGGUACAGGGUUCAUUGCAGCUUACCUUAUUAAAGCGCUCCUCCAAAAGGGUCACAUUGUAAGAACUACAGUUCGUGAUCCCGAUAAUGCGGAGAAAGUGGGGUUUUUGUGGGAGCUAGAUGGUGCUAAAGAGAGGCUCAAGAUUAUGAAAGCUGAUCUAUUAUUGGAAGGCAGCUUUGAUGAUGCCAUUCAGGGAGUUGAUGGAGUCUUUCAUACUGCUUCACCUGUUUUGGUCCCUUAUGAUGACAACAUUCAGAAAACACUGAUUGAUCCAUGUAUAAAUGGUACCUUGAAUGUGCUUAACUCUUGCAAAAAAGCAUCCACCUUGAAGAGGAUUGUGUUGACCUCUUCCUGCUCUUCAAUUAGAUACAGAGAAGAUGCACAACAGAUUUCCCCUCUCAAUGAAUCCCACUGGAGUGACCUUCAAUAUUGCCAAAAAUACAAUCUAUGGUAUGCUUAUGCUAAGACUAAAGCAGAAAAGGAAGCUUGGAGAGUAGCUGAGGAAUAUGGUAUUGAUUUGGUGGUGGUAAAUCCAUCCUUUGUUGUGGGUCCUUUGCUUGCUCCUCAGCCCACCAGUACAUUGCAAGUCAUAUUGGGCAUGGUUAAAGGUACGCUUGGAGAGUAUGCCAACAGAAGGUUGGGGUUUGUUCACAUUGAGGAUGUUGUGGGAGCUCAUAUUUUAGUCAUGGAAGAACAAAAAGCUUCAGGUAGAUACAUAUGUUCAAACUCAGUGAGACAUAUGUCACAGAUCAAUGACUUGUUAAGGACCAAGUAUCCAUCUUAUCCUCAUGAGAACGAUCAACAAGGGGAAGACAUUCCACAUAGCGUGGACAGCAGCAAGAUAAUUCAAUUGGGGCUGCCUCCUCUAAAGAGUCUCAAUGAAAUGUUUGAUGAUUGCAUUCAGAGUUUCCAAGAAAAAGGAUUCCUAUGAGAUAUAUUUAAGUUGUCAUCUCCUAUAUAUGACUCACAAUUUCAUUGUGCUUGGAUAAAAGGGUUGAAAUAAAAUUUCUAAGUUUUCUACUCCUUUAUAACAUAGAGUCAAUAAUAUUCCUUUAUCAUGUAUGGAUAGAAAAACUUUGAGAUUAAUUUAUAUAAGAAUGUGAAGUUGAGAAAUUCGAAA